GAAUGGCAAAUUUUGCAUGCAUAAUUGUUUACAUGGCUGCUGUUUCUAAAGAAGUAGGCAAUAAAAUUUAUGCUGCUUCCAAAAUGGAUGACCCACUUUUUCAUUACUCAUAUGGAUAUUCCUUCAUUAUGCUUAAAAUUUCAUUUUUGGGAAAUGAGUUUGCUGCACUAUUUUCUCUAGUUGUUUAUAUGGCUAAACAAGAUGAACGUAUAUUUAACAAAUAUCACAUAAGGAUUGCAUCAGACUUUUUGAACAGUGAAUAUGCAGCGAUUAGAAAAUCAAUUGCUAUUAUCGAUGCAUCAGAAGAAAAAAGUGUACAUUAUUUGAAACUUGGAUGA